UCUUAUAGCUUACAUAACGCAGUUUAUCGCUGCAGGCGGCUGUCACAGCUCCACGCACAUCACCGAGUGGGUUUCUGUGGUCUAGCAGGACACGGAUAUAGAAAACAGGAACUGCAUCCAUCACCUGUCAUGUCAUCUGUGAAGCUCGAGCGUCCAGGUUCAGAUCAGGCAAAAAAUGCCCACAAUGGCAAGGUACUGAAGGGGCUGGAGACAAUUGCUGCCCUGGUCCGCUCUGUAGAGGAGACCCCUGAGCCAGUAGCUACCAAAGUAGAGGGAACCAUUCCCUCCUGGAUCAAUGGCAGACUCCUCCGCAAUGGCCCUGGGAAGUUCGAGUUUGGAAAAACACACUACAACCAUUGGUUUGAUGGGAUGGCCAUGCUGCACCAGUUCAAGAUUGAGAGAGGCGAGGUGACGUACAUGAGUCGGUUCCUGCAGAGCGAUACCUUCAAAAAGAACAGCGAGCGGGACCGGAUCAUGAUGUCUGAGUUUGGCACGCUUGCCAUGCCUGACCCCUGUAAAAACUUCUUCCAGCGUUUCCUUUCUCGCUUUGAGAAGUUUGAACCCACAGACAAUGCAAGUGUGAGCUUUGUGAAAUACAAAGGGGACUACUAUGUCAGCACAGAGACAAACUUCAUGCACAGAAUGAACCCAGAGACCCUAGAAACUUUAGAGAAGGUGGACUGGAGUAAGUUCAUUGCAGUAAAUGGAGCCACUGCUCACCCCCACUAUGAUCCAGAUGGUACCACCUACAACAUGGGCAACUCCUAUGGAAGAAGAGGAGUCCUCUACAAUAUCAUCAGAGUACCUCCUGAGAAGACGGAAAGCAAAGACACUCUGCAAGGAGCCAAAAUCCUCUGUUCUAUUGUGCCUGCAAACAAGUCCCAUCCCUCCUACUACCACAGCUUUGCCAUGUCUGAGAACUACGUGGUGUUCAUCGAGCAGCCAGUCAAGAUGGACCUGCUGAAGAUAGUCACAUGUAAAAUAAGAGGAAAGGCUCUGAGUGAUGGCAUCUACUGGGAUCCCAAACAAGAGACAGUCUUCCACCUCGUGAACAAGCACACAGGCGAGGUCAGCUCAGUGAAGUACCACACCAAAGCCUUCUCCACCUUCCAUCAAAUCAACGCCUUUGAGGAGGAUGGAUUCUUGAUGCUCGAUAUGUGUUGCUCCGACGACGGCCAAGCCAUCAACAACUACCUCAUCCAGAACUUGCGUAAAUCAGGAGACGCACUGGAUGAGGUGUACAACACCUUGUGCAGGGUUUUCCCUCGGCGUUUUGUUCUGCCACUGCAUGUGACCAAUGAAACCCCAAAAGACCAGAACCUGAACACUCGACCCUCCAGCAAUGCAUCGUGUGUCAAAAUCGGUGACGACAAGGUGUUCUGCCAGCACGAGGAUCUCCAUGGAGAUGACCUCCAUGAGUACGGUGGAAUGGAGUUCCCGCAGAUCAACUACGCCAGAUGUAACGCACAUCCGUACCGUUAUUUCUACGGCUGUGGCUUCAGACAUCUGGUGGGAGACUCUCUGCUCAAGAUGGACCUGAAGGACAAGACAUUCAAGGUCUGGUACCAGAAGGGUUUCUACCCCUCAGAGCCUGUGUUUGUGCCGUCACCUGAUGCUGUGGAGGAAGAUGAUGGUGUCAUCCUCUCGGUGGUUCUCACCCCAUCACAGGAUAAAGGGACCUUCCUCCUGAUUUUGGAUGCCAGGACAUUUGAAGAGCUAGGACGAGCCUAUGUGCCUGUUAACAUGGCUUAUGGCUUCCACGGUACCUUCAGUGCCUCUGCAUAAACGUUUUGUCUUUUAGACUCCCCAUGAAUACAACGCAUCGAUAAGCAUUAGACAGUUAUAUUAUCAGAUGGUACUGAGUUGCUGCUGCUUUUUAUGCUUACGUAUACUGUCUAUAGAUAUUCACUACAGGUGGGGAUCACCACACAUUAUAUGUUAUCACCAUAUUUCACUGACAAUACAAGCAUGUUGCAAUUAACAUUUUGCAGUGUGCUGAAUGUUACAAUAAUCUGAUUUAUGCUAUCUCUCUUAAGUAGUUUACUGCAAAUAGACGUUGGAGUCCCGUUUUUACUCUUAUGACUGAGCUGUUAGCUUGUUCUGAAUUAGGAGGUAGGUCGCUUUGUCAAGCGAAGUGUGAUCAGUGUUGGACGGUUUUUCGACUUGGCUGAUUUAAUGCAAGUUUGCUUGGCUAAUGUCAUCUCAGGAA